AAAUGGUGCAAAGAAUUUAUGAUUUGUCUUUGAACGUUCAUAACAACGCUGCGCUUAUGGAAAGUUUCCUUGACGAGUCCGCGCAGAUAGAAUCAUUACGCGAUGAUUAUAAGAAAUGUUUAGAUGAAUAUAAUAUUCGUUUGUUAUCAUUAAUUCCCGCCGCGAAACCUGAUUAUAAAAGCCUCGUUGCAUUCGAGUCUUUGUAUAGCAGGAUUAAAAGAAUUAAAUCGCAAUAUUCGCAACCAUGUCCGUCACACGGAGAUAUUAAUAAUUUGCAUAAAAAUAGGCCUAAAUUACCGCCUAUCGAAUUAGUACCAUUUUCGGGUGAUAUUCGCUCAUUUCCGCUGUUUCUUUCGAAUUUUGAAUCAAUUGUUCAUAACAAUCCCGGCCUUACAGAUGCCGAGCGCUUAUAUUAUUUACUAGGUAAAUUAACGGGGAAGGCCACAACUGUUAUAGCUGGUAUAACCCCCUCCGCUGAAAAUUAUAAUUUAAUUUUACAAACUUUAAAAGAUAAAUAUGAUGAUAAACGUAUGUUAGUAUCCGCGUAUUUAAAUCAAAUGUUUGAUUUUAAACCUUUGCAUUGUGCGUCCGCAACAAACUUUGAUUUAUUUACAGAUAACUUUAUUAGCGCAGUGCGCGCCUUACAAAAUAUAAAGUUAGAUAAUAUUACAGAUUUAAUGAUUGUUCAUAUCGCGCUGAAGAAGUUAGACUCAGAUACUGUUCGCGCUUUCGAGACUGAGUUUGGUAGUGAAAUGCCUACUUUUGAUAACUUAGUUCAAUUUAUUCAAACUCGUGCGAAGGUAUUAGAACGCAUUCAUCCUUCCACAAAUUCGGGAAUAAAUAAACCGCCUCAAAAGAAUAAUAAUUAUAACCGCAGUUCAAAUAAUACUUCUUCCGCACCGCCUAAGACGUAUCAGUCUUACGUAACAACAGCUGAUUCCGCUUAUAGUUGUCUUUGUAAAAAUAUUACGCAUCAACAUUUAUAUAAAUGUUCGAGUUUUCAUAAAAUGAGUCCGCAGGAACGUUUGAAAUACGUAAAGGAUAGAAACGCGUGUAUAAAUUGUCUCAGUAUAAAACAUCGAGUUUCUAGUUGUUCGUCGUAUUCUAAUUGUCGCGUUUGUAAAUUAAAACAUCAUACAAUGUUACAUUUGAAACGCGAAUCUUCCAUACCCGCGCCUGCGUCUCAUCCCCCGCCGCGCAGCACACCGCCGUUGCCUGCGCCGUCGCCGCCGUCGGGCGAGUGCGUCCGCUCUGACGUAGCGCUAUUUACCGCUAGCUGUACAGCUGAUACAGAUAACGCAUUUCUAUGCAACCCGCCCGCGAAUAAACAACAUACUAUUUUGUUAUCAACCGCUGAAGUCGUAGCUUAUAAUUGUAAAGGCGAACGGCUUAUUAUUCGCGCGCUUUUAGAUUCCGCUUCGCAAAGUCACUUCAUUACAAAUGAAUGUUGUGAACGCUUAGGUAUUAAACCGCAGAAAACCGAACGUACUAUUAUUAAGGGGUUCGGUGGUUCGGAAAAAAUUAUAAAUAGUAAUUCUAUAAAUAUAAAAUUUUAUUCGCGUCUUGACAACAACAUAUCUUUUAAUAUUUCACCGCUAGUUGUUGAUCAUGUUACGGAUUUAUUACCUACCGCUGUUAUAGACACUUCUGUCUUAUCGCAUAUUUCGCAUUUACCGCUCGCAGAUGAGAGUUUUGGUACGCCAAAUAAAAUCGAUUUAUUAAUCGGUGCUUCUCUGUUCCCUCAUCUGCUUCUCCCCGACGUAGUUCAUGCAGCUCGUGACUCGUCGGCGCCCGCUGCAUUGCGCACGGUGUUAGGCUAUGUAAUAAUGGGUUCAGUACCCACCAUACCUAACAUACAUAAACCGCCCUUGACGUGUUGUCACGUUCAAGAGACCGCCGCUAUUGACUCAUUAGUCAGGCGUUUCUGGGAGCUCGAGGAGCUUCCUACCGCACCGCCCGUUCAACAUCCCGAUGAUGUUGAAUGUGAAGAAUAUUAUAAAUUAACUACAACCCGCGACCCCGUGAGUGGCAGAUAUAUUGUUUCGCUUCCAUUUAAGGAUGAUUUCUACACUCUCGGUGACUCAUUUAAUAUUGCCCGCAAGCGUUUCAUGUGCCUUGAAAGAAAGCUACAGGCUUCACCUAAAUUAAGGUUGGCAUAUGAUGACGUCAUAAAAGAUUAUCUAACGAAGAAUUAUAUUUCACCCGCGCCUCCGUAUGAUCCGCGUGACCCUACACCUAUUUAUAUUAUACCGCAUCACGCUGUUCUGCGCGAGGAUAAAUCGUCGACUAAGCUGCGCAUGGUUUUAGAUGCUAGCAUGCCAACUUCUGGAAGCCAGCGUUCAUUGAAUGACCUUCUGCAUGUUGGGCCGAAUUUACAAGGCAAUUUGUUUACAAUAAUUUUAGGUUUUCGUCUCCACGCGAUUGCCAUGACCGCCGAUUGCCGCCAACAAUUUCUGCAGAUUUUCGUGCGUGAGUUUGAUCGUCGUUUUCAAUGUUUUUUAUAUCGUUUCAGCCCGCAGGAUCCGCUGCUUCUUUAUCAAUUUAAUCGAGUUUGCUUUGGCAUCAAGUCUAGUCCUUAUCAUGCACUGCGCACGGUAAGACAGCUCGUAGAAGAUGACGGCGCGAAAUAUCCGCUCGCGAGUAGCAUUGCGUCUUCCUCGUUGUAUAUGGAUGAUAUCGCCUUCUCUAUUCCCACGGAAUGUGAAGCAGUUUCCGCGUCGCAGCAGCUCAUCGAUUUGUUUAAGGGAGCUCAGUGGGAUCUAGUUAAAUGGAAUAGUAAUAGUAGAAAUGUGUUAGAUAAUCUUCCCGCUUCGCACAAACUUUUACCCUCCGCGGUGGAGUUUGAUAAGACCGUGCAACAUAAAUUACUUGGUCUGCAUUGGUCUACUGUUGAUGAUUGUUUUUAUUUUAAAAUUACCGCACCCGCCGAUGUGAUGUGCACUAAGCGCUCCAUCUUGUCAACUAUCGCCCGUCUGUGGGACAUAAUGGGCUUCGUUGCUCCCACAGUCGUGUAUGCCAAACUGUUAAUAAAACAACUUUGGCAACUUAAUCUUGAUUGGGAUGAUUCUCCGCCUCCACACGUUAUUAAAAUGUGGAAACAGUUCUGUGAUGAAUUACCAGCUCUUAAUGAUAUUCGCAUACCACGUCAUAUAGGUUUUACUUGUGAUUGUAUUCUCACUCUUAUGGCUUUCUCUGACGCUAGUGAACUUGCCUACGGAGCAGUCGUGUACGCUCAUGUCAGCACUGUCUCUGGUAACGUCAUUCGUCUUAUUUGUUCUAAAUCUAAAGUCGCUCCAUCUAAACCGCUAACAAUCGCUCGCUUAGAACUUUGUGGUGCACUCCUAAUGUCAAAGCUGCUUCGCACUGUCCUUGACAGUUAUUCACAACACUACAAAAUUAAUGCAUACGCAUUUACCGACUCUAAAGUCGCGCUCUAUUGGAUUAAAGGUUCGCCGCACCAGUGGCAGACGUUUGUCGCAAACCGCGUUGUGAAGAUCACAGAUAACAUCCCAUCAGAUAAUUUCUACCAUGUUUCUGGUAUUGAAAAUCCCGCUGACGUUCUUUCGCGUGGCAUUACGCCACUAAAUCUCGUCUCGCACCCUCUGUGGUUCCAAGGACCCCAGUGGGCUCGUUCGGACCCAUCUGAUUGGCCUCUUAGGAGUCUCGAUGGUGAGUCUAUUGCAGACAUUCCCGAACGAAAAUUAUUAGCGCACACUGUGUGCUCGCCUAUAAAGCAUUGCGCUUUAUAUGAUACCGCCCUUCGCGUAUCCUCAUGGAGUAGGCUUUUACGCGUUGUUGUUUAUAUUUAUAGGUUCCUUAAAUUGUUACCCCGCCGCGGUGUUAUGAUGACCGCAGAGGACCUUCAUUUCUCUGAGAAUAAACUUCUCGCCGCCCUGCAAAAUAAAUAUUUUGCAGAGGAGUAUUCUAAUAUACUCAAUAAUAAAUCUUGUUCGCAGGCUUUUAAUCGCUUGAGGCCUUUUAUUCGCAACGGACUUAUCCUCGUUGGAGGACGUCUGAGUAAUUCCGCCCUGGAAUAUGCACAUAAGCAUCCAGUGAUAUUACCGCGCAAUGAUCAUAUCGUUAACAUGAUCAUUGAUUAUUAUCAUAUUAAAUAUAUGCACGCCGGACCGGAACUUUUAAUGUCGUUGCUUCGCCAAAAGUAUUGGAUUCUUUCCGCACGUCGUAUUGUUAGACAAAGAAUUCACUCAUGUAAUACUUGCUUCCGCAUGAAACCGCGUCCAACUUACCCGCUGAUGGCUGAUUUGCCUGAAUGUCGUACACGCCAAGCCGUUAAAGCAUUCAGCGUAACAGCUUCUGAUUACGCAGGGCCUAUCGCUUACACUCCUGUGCGCCGCCGUGGUGUUCACAGCGAGAAAGCAUACCUGUGUAUUUUUACGUGCCUCACUACGCGUGCAGUGCACAUCGAAGUUGCGACCGACCUCAGCACUCCUAGUUUUCUUGCCGCGCUCAAAAGGUUUCUCUCGCGUCGAGGACCCGUUGAUACUAUGUAUACGGAUAACGGUACUAAUUACAAAGGAGCCGAUUCCUAUCUCCGCGAUUUAUAUAAAUUUCUUAAUAACGAAUAUCGUUCGAACCUGGAGCACGAGUUCGCUGAGAGUCGUAUAAAUUGGAAGUUUAUUUGUCCCAACUCUCCACAUUUUGGAGGUGCUUGGGAAAGUAUGGUGAAAGUAAUUAAAACGCAUUUGUUUCGAGUUAUCGGUCAACAAAUAUUAUCGUAUGAAGAACUUUGUACUGUUCUCACUCAAAUUGAGUGUUUACUUAACUCGCGACCGCUGACAGUACUGAGUUCAGACCCCGCAGAACCCUCGGCUUUAACACCGAGUCAUUUUUUAAAUACCGCUCCUUUAUUAUCAUUACCCGCGCCGCAAGUCAAAUCUGAUCACGUCAGUUUGCUUGAUAGGCAUUCGCUACUGGACAAGUUAGUCCAGUCGUUUUGGAAACGUUGGAGAAUGGAAUACUUACACGGUCUGCAGGUUAGGCAGAAAUGGAAUACGCCUUCCACACCUAUUACUCCUGGAACGGUCGUGGUUGUGAUAAAUGAUAAUGCACCGCCCCUAACCUGGCCUUUAGCCGUCGUAGAGAAAGUACAUCCUUCAAAGGACGACGUCGCGCGCGUUUGUACAGUUAGAACCGCCAAGGGAACUUACCUUCGCCCGGUCGUUCGUUUAUGUCCGCUUCCAAGACAAUAG